AUGGAGACCUGGGUGCGCUUCAGCGCCCAGAGCCAGGCCAAGGAGCGGCUCUUCAGGGCCGCGCAGUACGCCUGUGCCUUGGCGGGGGACACGCUGCGGAGGAACGGGGCGAGCGCCGGGGUCCUGGCCAGCGUUCGGCAGCUGGAGGCUCACCUCAGCCUGGGCCGCAAGCUGCUGCGCCUGGGCAGCUCGGCCGAGGCGUUGGAGGCGGCGAAACGGGCCAUCCACCUGUCGGACAUGGUGCUGCGGUUCUGCGUCACCCUCAGCCACCUCAACCGGGCCAUGUACUUCGCCUGCGACAACGUCCUCUGGGCCGGGAAGACGGGGCUGGUCCCCGGCGUGGACCAGGAGAAGUGGAGCCAGAGGUCCUUCAGGUAUUACCUCUUUGCCCUCGCCGUCAACCUGAGCCGGGACGCCUACGAGAUCCGGAUCCUGAUGGAGCGCGAGGCGGGCGGGAAGCGAGCGAAAGGCAGCGAGAGCGGGCGCCAGCUCCGGGCUGACAACGGGCUCCAGCAGCUGGGGCUGAGGCUGCAGAUCCAGCUCCGGCUCCUGAUCCACGUUCUUCGGAACAACCCUCCUCUGCUGCUGGACGUGGUGAAAAAUGCCUGCGAUCUCUUUAUCCCCCUGGACAAGCUGGGGCUGUACAAAACCAACCCGGGCUUCGUAGGGCUGUGCGGCCUCACCUCCUCCAUCCUCUCCAUCCUCACUAUCCUUCAUCCCUGGCUCAAACUGAAGCCUUAGCUGUUCUCGGAGCCUGCCUCCGCGCUCAACGCCAGCAUAGGCAGAUAUUUGGGGACUCCCGGGGCUUUACUCCUGGGCCUGGGACACGACUAAAGCUGACUGUCUCGGUCGCGUUGUGUGUGGCUGCGCGUUCACGUCACGCCUGGCUGCUUUAAUAAAAGGGCCGCGAAGAUGGGAGGAAGGUGGAGAGAGUUGGCGGUGUCGGAGCCCGCCGGGACCUUCUCCCGCUGCCUCAGCUCCCCGCGUCGCCGGCGAGGAGGGCGAUACUCAACGGACCUAAAUUUGGUUCUUCUCCCCAUCGGCUGUAGGGCUUCUCCGGCUGUUUUAGGGGCUUAACGCUUCCCCUCCCUCUUCAGGGGGGUCUUUUAACACGGAGCCAGCCAAGAGAGAAAUAUCUGGGGAUGGAGAAAGCUGCCUGGGUUGCUGGCUGCUUCUCCCAGACUGCGGGGGGGUUAAACCGUGGGGUGGGGGGGAGUCUAGCACUGGCCGGGCACAUCCGAGGCUUCUUUUGACACUUUAUCUUCCUUUUAAGAAAUCUGAGCACAGGCAGAGAGGGUGAGUUGAAAGGAUUUUGGCCGCAGAUCAGCCGUCCCCAGCUGGGCGUUCAGAGGUGAGUCCGUGGGGUCCUGGCCGGUCCCGCUCCGCCGGCUGCUCCUGGGUUUCAGGUGAGAUCGGGGCAGGGUGUUUCUCCGUAGGAGAAUAUUUGCUUGCUCGCGCCUUCCCCGCAAUCCUGGUGGGGAAGAAGCGACUGCAGCGAGUCGCGCCGAGCCUUGGGGUCGCUCCCAGCCCUCCCCGCAUGGAUUUCUCUGCAUCCGAGAACAGAAAAGGGGGUUUGGGCAGCCCGAGCUCUUCCCUGCUGCUGCGAAGAACCGGGACCUGUGCAUCCACCUCCCUCCCUCUGCCCGGGGCAGCGCGGGCUCAUCCCGCUGAGCCUUCGCUGCGCUUUGCUUCUCAGAUGUCCUUUUUAGUGGCUUCUUUUGGGAUAAAUCAGGGAGGGGAGAGCUCGAUGCCGUGAUUCUCUGCGUCAGUUGUUCCCAUCUGCUUUUCCCUCUGAGCUGGCGCUGCCACCUCGCUAAAUUUGCCCCUUUUCCUUGGUUUCUGUGACCACAUAACGCUGCUUAUGCCAGGCAGCGGGCUUGUCCCGGCUCGCAAGAGUGUUUUACUUAACCGCAGACCGAAGGAUGCGCUCAGAGCUGGUGAUUAUUUGUAUCCAGAGGUGGGGUGUUCCUUGGUUCAUCCCUGGGAGGGAGACGCAGAGGGAGGGAGCGACACCACGUGCUUUUAAAACCCACCCGUGUUUUAUUUUUGAGCUCCAGCAGCUCCGUGCACAAACAGUUCGGGCUUCACCCGCUUCCAGGUACGUCUGCGCGGCGGCAAAGGCUUGUUAGUCCAGACCCGGCUCCAGGACCUCUCUGGCAGUUUCCAUCUGGCACGUCGGCAGCCUCCGCGCGCUGUUAAGGCAGCGGUUUUAACGUGCUAGAGCAAUAUUUUAAUCUGGCGGAGGUUGGGAAGGUACGGCGGGGGGCUGCGCCGCCUCUCCCGCGCCUCGCUCGCCUGUAAAUACCGCGUUGUAAAUAGACGUCUGCACGGAUCGCGGUCCUGUCGUGGUUUGCGGAGUUAAUUAUUAAAGCCCGGUUGCUGAGACAC